AUGGAUCGAAAUAACUCAUAUUACCCCCCAGAUGAAAUUGUCCUGGGCCAUUUUUUCUCCCUUAGAUAUGUUGAACAGCCUUCACUCAACUUUACAGAGAGUCUGGCUUAUUCCAGAAACAAUUUACCACUUCUUAAAAACUUCCAGUAUGUCCUAGCCUUUGUUUUUGCUGUUCAUGAGAUCAAUGAGAAUGCUGUACUCUUACCAAACACUACACUGGGAUCCAGGAUCUAUGACAACAUUUUCAGUGCAAGCAAAACCUACUGGAACAUUCUGGACAUCCUCUUCACAGGCCAGAGGAAUCCUCCCAAUUACAACUGUGACAGGGAAAAGAAGCCAUUAGCCAUUAUUGGUGGGCUCACCUCCCAGAAUUCCAUCCAGAUGGCAAAUAUUCUAAAUGUGUUCAAAGUUCCACAACUUGGCUAUGGAUUCUUUGACCCAAGGCCGAGUGACAAAGCACAAUUUCCUUUCUUCUAUCAGAUGGUGCCAAAUGAAAAUUCUCAGUAUAUUGGAACUGUUCACCUGCUUAAGUAUUUCAGAUGGACGUGGAUUGGCCUCCUGGUGCCAGAUGAUGAUUAUGGACAAAGUGUUCUGUGGAACUACCUGCCUAUGCUCACCCACAAUAACAUUUGCAUUGCAUUUAUGGAAAUGAUGCCAACAGUGGUUUUUCCGCUGAAGGAUAGAGAUGAUUUUUCUUACAAACUAGCCCGGAUAUAUACUACUGUCCUUUUCACCAAAGCCAAUGUGAUUCUUCUCUAUGGAAAUAGUCACUUUUUCAAGAUUUUCCAGAGAGCUCUAGGAUAUAAUGAAUUAAAUAAAAAGUACCCCACAGAAAAGGUGUGGAUCAGAACAGCACAGUGGGACUUGAAUACUAUGGAUAUUAAGAAAACAGUCCCACUAACCUUGAAUGGCAGCCUGUCCUUCAGACUUCAUGCAAGUGUGGUGCCUGGAUUUCAAGACUUCCUUCAGACCAUAAAUCCUCACAGGCACACAUUAUAUUUCCUCCAUGAGUUCUGGCAGCUUGUAUUCAAUUGUUCAUUCCCCAGUCAUUCUCUCUACAGCACAGACUUAGAAUACUGCACUGGGGAGGAAAAGCUGGAAAGCCUCCCUGGAUUGUGGUUUGAAAUGGGAAUGUCUGGCCAGAGCUAUAAUAUCUAUAACGCGGUUUAUGCUGUUGCCCAUGCUCUGCAUGCCAUGUAUUCAUCGAGAUCCAAGCAGAAAGUAUUGGUAGAUGGAGGACAGUGGAAUUCCCCCAAUUACAACUGUGACAGGGAGAAGCCAUUAGCCGUCAUUGGUGGGCUCACUUCCCAACAUUCCAUCCAGAUGGCCAAUAUCCUCAAUGUGUUCAAAGUUCCACAGCUUCACUCAUUUCUGAACAACAUCCGAUUUAACAAUAGUGCAGGGGAAGAAAUAUUUUUUCAUAAUAUGGAGUUGGCAUCUCAUUACGAUAUCAUAAAUUGGGUUACAUAUCCAAAUCAAUCCUUCCGUAGAAUCCAGGUUGGAAAGAUAGACAUGCAAACUCCUGAAGGCAAAGUUUUCACCAUAAAUGAGGAUGCUAUAUUGUGGAAUCCCAGCUUCAACCAGACAAUGCCUCAUUCCACUUGCACCGAGAGCUGCCAUCCUGGAUACCGCAAGAUUCUUCUUCAGGGGAAACAAGUUUGCUGCUAUAGUUGUGCUCUGUGCCCUGAAAUGAUGAUAUCAGUUCAAAUAGAUGCUGAUCACUGUGAGAAAUGUCCGGAAGAUCAGUAUCCAAACAAAAAUCGGGAUCAGUGCAUCCCAAAGGUUAUAACCUAUCUGUCCUAUGAAGAGCCUUUGGGAAUCAUUGUCACAUCAGCUGCUCUUUUCUUGUCUCUGAUUACACUUGUGGUGAUGUGGAGCUUUAUCCAGCACCGCAACACUCCCAUUGUCAAAGCCAACAAUUGGAGCAUCACCUGUACCCUGCUUACUUCACUGUUGUUUUGCUUUCUGAGCUCCUUUCUAUACAUUGGCUGUCCUAGUAAGGUGAUCUGUGUUCUGCAGCAAGUUGUGUUUAGCAUUGUCUUCUCCCUUGCUGUUACUUGUAUUUGGAGCAAAACCAUCACUGUGAUUGUGGCAUUCAUCUCUAGCAAACCAGGAAACAGGAUGAGAAAAAUGGUAGGGAAAAGACUGGCAGUAUCAGUCAUCAUUCUCUGUACUCUCAUCCAAACUGGCUUCUGUGUCUUGAAGCAGGCAAUCUCUCCCCUCUCUGUAGAGUUUGACAAACACUCCCAGAUAGGUCAGAUCUUUGCAUAUUGCAAAGCCAAAUCAAACGUAAUGAUGUAUUAUCUGCUGGGCUACUUUGGGGCUCUGGCCAUCAUCAGCUUCACUGUGGCUUUCUUUGCCAGGAAUUUGCCUGAUAGUUACAAUGAAGCCAAGCAGAUCACACUAAGCAUGCUGAUGAUUUGCAGUCUUUGGUUGUCCUUUCUCUCAACUUCCCUGGGCACCAGGGUGAAAAGCACUUUGGCUGUGUUUGUCUUCUACAUUUUGGCCUCAAGUGCUGGAUUGUUGAGCUUCAUCUUUCUCCCCAAAUUGUACAUUAUUCUACUACGGCCUCAGCUCAACACCAGAGAGCAACUAGUAAGGAAAAAGAAGAGUGCUAUUUAA